UGUGCUUCAGACUUCAUACAUUUAUCGUUUUUCGCACAUUUUUUGCAGAUUUCGCUCAUAAAAAUACAGUAAAAUUAAACUUUUGUUAGAGAUAGGAAGUAUUAUUUGUGUUACUGGCGUAUUUAUAUUCAUUUCAAACGUUGCUGCCUUAGUUAUGGUCUUAAAAGUGUGUUCCUCAGUGUAACGAAAAACAUAUUUCCAUGGAGUUUCUAUGAAAAUCGUGUAUUUAAAAUUGUUUACGAGGUUUAACGUGUAAAAUGCAAGGCAGUAACGACUCUCUAUCGGUUUUGGCCCCAAAUAUGAGUGGUUCGCCAGCUGUCUUGUUGACUCCUGGCCGUACAAGGAACAUAGCCCAGGAUAUGGAAGCACUACGACUCUCAAGACAAGAUAAUCCAUAUUUACAACAGGUAAUGGCGAGCAGGGAAAGUUUAAUUGAAAGUCAUGCUGAGGAAUGCGAGUCAGAUGAUACAAUAUUAAUGUCACAGGAAUUUGGCAGCACUGCUCUAAGCUUUGUGGAAGAUGAUCCAAUAACACUCAAAGAGGUCCACGAACAUCUGAUUAGGUCUCCUCCACCGACUAGUUGCUGGCCACAUGACUCACUGUCGUAUCGUGCGUCGAGCGCUUUUGACUUCACGACGGACACACCCGUGUCCUAUAGCGCUUUCUCGAUCAAUUCACAGGAAAAGGAAUUACUCCCAGUUCGAUCUCCGAGGAAAGGUACGAGGAAUGAGGAGAACAAAAAUAAUAACACUCCGAGCAGACCUAGGUCUUCGAGAUCCGUAUCGCCGAGAUCGCACGACUUGAGUUUAUGUGGCAGACCUUUGUCUUUACCAGGUGAAAGCCACCUGCGCACAGCGCUUAGUAAAAAGCCAAGCGGACAGCAAACGGAAAGGUUUUCCAUACUACAACACCCGCGACCCUUAAGGCGGCCUCACACUAGCCGCCGCGAUGAGGAUAGCGUGAAACUGGUACAAGACUACAAGUAAGAGCUUUAUUGAGAGCUCUAGACAAUUUUCCAUAAACUCCAUUGUAAUUCCAAGCAUAAUACUUGCCGUGGAACAGAAGUACCAUAAUAAUUGCAAGUAGAAUUUUCGACAUGGAGUACUUGCUAGUAGAUUUCUAGCUGAAGAAACUAAUUAGAAGCUGUCUUAGUUUCCAAUUAGUACGAAACGAUUUUACCAUCUUGCAAGAAGAAUUCGAAUCGUGACACAUGUAGAAUUCUUGUCAUGCCAAGUAGUAUUCUAGUAGAAUUUUUGCCAUCAAAUACUUGCAAGUAGAAUUGUCGACGUAGAAUUCUUGUCAUCAGUCAUUAGCAAAUAGAAUUAUAAUGAUGAAAUACCUGCAAGUUGAAUUAUUGCUGUGGAUUAUAUGUAAGUAUGAUUAUUGUAGUAAAAUAAUUGCAAGUAAAAGUCUUGUAGUAUACUUGCAAGUUCAAUUCUUGCAUUGAAAUACUUGCCAGUAGAACUAUUAUCGAAUUGGUGCAAUCUAUUUUGUUAUUGAUAUGUUUUAUUGUAAUAAUUUUAAUAGUUUUAAUGCAAAUUAUGUUGAAUCGUUAUUUAAAUUAAACCAUUUUAAUGAUUCCUAUAUCUUAAUGCGAUACUUGAAAGUACACAAUAUGCUUUUUGUAAUUUAAAAAGUUCUCUAACGUGCAAUUUAUGAUAAGUAUAUGUCUUAAUCUUUUUGUUAUGUGGACACUUUUAAAAAUGCUACUCUUUCUCGUUGAAGUGAAAUAGUUUUUUUUUUU